AUGCGCAUUCUCAAUGGUUCGACAGCACAGGCUCCUAGUGAGGUCAAAGUUAAGUGGCCUAAGCCUAAUACAACGAUCACGGUGAAGAUUAAUGAUGCGAACCCAACACUGGUUGGUUUACUUGGCACUGCCUUACCAUAUCGCUCCCUCCAAACCCAUGCCGUUGUUGCCGGCGACCAGCUAUAUCACUUGGUCCCAUUAGAAGAGCUGAUCGUGAGUGCCCCCUAUCAGACCGAGAGUCAUAUCGCUAACUGCACAAAGUAUACGCCUGCCGAUAAGAAGGCCCCUGAUAGAGCCAAAGAGCCUGAUGGCUCGGUAUUCAUCUCGUCAUUCCAGCACUUUGUGAUCAAGUAUGGCGGGGUAACCGAGCACCAGCCGGUGGCUACGUGCGGGAGGGUUAUUGAUCAAGACAUGGAUAAACUGCGUUGGGUUGCGGAUGAAGUGUGGAAAUGUCAGUGUGAAACCACAAAACACCCCAUCGAGGUGGUUCUCUGGGAUGCUUCAAAACCUGAGCCUGAUCCCAAUGAACUGGACUUAUUCAAACAUCAGAGGGCUGGUGUGAGUAAGGAGGUAAGGAAUCUCGUUGAGGAGAUUCAUACCGAGACGCAAAAGUGUUGGUCAGAUAUUUCAGAUGACAUUGAGGAAAUUCACUAUGGUAAUGCGCCAGAAAAGCCCGGGUCAAAAGAUUCAUACUUUGGUGCCAUGGUGUUCUCUAACAGUGUGGUGCGAACGCUGGGUUACCAUGUUAUCGAUAACAUCAUUAAGCUGGCGUUUACCCGUCCAGAAUUUACCCUGGGGCAUCUUAUCGCGCUUUUCCGAGACUUUGUUCCAUCGAUAGCCGAUUUUGUUGGUCAUCUAGGAGCGGAAUAUGUCAAUGACAUUUACGAGAGGAUUGACAAAUUGAUCAAAGAGAAGGUUGAGAAGAACCCUAACAAGGAGGAGGCACGUGAGGACUUCCUUGCAAUGAUCAGCGCUUUUAGUUUCUACGUCAAUCUCCUUAACGCCCAAAAUCUCCAUAUGUUUCCCUGGAGACAUGCAAAAGAAUAUCCUAUUCCUUCGUAG